AUGGAAAAACUUCGAAGGAAGGAGGAGAGGAAGGUUGGGCGGAGAAUCGCGCAGGGGCAGGGCGAGCCGUUGCUCGAGUGGCUCGCCAACUCCGGCGUGGGUUUCGCGGCGCUCUGCGAGGGGGACUGGGAGGCGGCAGCGAACCAGCCGAGCACCGAGGACGAUAUCUGGGCGGGUCUGUACGGUCUCGGCGGCGGCGGCGGCGGCGGGAAAAAGGCUCUGCCCGCGGGGACCACGCGCAAGGUGCACAAGGGGUACGAGGAGGUUCACGUGCCCGCGGGUGAGCGCGCGCCGGUCGGUGAGCACGAGCGAUUCGUUCCAAUCGAGGAGCUCGAUGACUGGGCGCAACCCGCCUUUGCCGGAAUGAAAUCUCUGAACCGUAUCCAAAGCCGGAUCUACGAGGCAGCAUAUCACUCGAACGAGAACCUGCUGGUGUGUGCACCGACUGGAGCGGGCAAGACCAACAUCGCGAUGAUGACCGUACUUCACGAGAUCGGUCAGCACAUCGAGUACGGCGAGUUGGCUUACGGAGCGGACUUUAAGAUUGUCUACGUUGCGCCGAUGAAGGCGCUGGCCGCUGAGGUGACCGGAGCAUUCAGUAGAAGGCUGGAGCCGCUUGGUAUUCAGGUCAGGGAGCUCACGGGAGACACGCAGCUGACAAAGAAGGAGAUGGAGGAGACGCACAUGAUCGUGACGACGCCGGAGAAGUGGGAUGUUAUCACCCGGAAGGGUGGGGAGGUCAGCGUUGCGUCCUCACUGCGACUGCUCAUCAUUGACGAGGUGCACCUGCUGAAUGACGAGCGUGGCCCGGUGAUCGAGACGCUCGUGGCGCGCACACAUAGACAGGUGGAGACCACGCAGAGCAUGAUCCGAAUCGUCGGACUCUCCGCCACCCUACCGAACCCCGCGGACGUUGCCAAGUUCCUCGGCGUCUCUGACGCCGGCCUCUUUGUCUUUGAUCAGAGCUUCCGGCCGAUCCCGCUGACGCAGAUGUUCGUGGGCGUGACCGAGGGUAACGCGAUGAAACGGCAGAUGUUGAUGGCGCAGAUCGCGUACGAUAAGUGCACAGCCGCGCUGAGGAGCGGUAAGCAGGCUAUGGUCUUCGUGCACAGCCGCAAGGACACGGUCAAGACGGCAAAACAGCUCGGUGAAAUCGCUGCCAACGACCAGACGCAGGGCGGGCUCGAGCUGUUCGCCCCCGAGAACCACCCGGACUUCACCACCUGGAAGAAGGAGGUGGAGCGGAGCAGGAACAACGAGCUGAAGGAGCUCUUCCACCGCGGGUUCGGCUGCCACAACGCGGGCAUGCUUCGAUCGGACAGGACACUGGUGGAGCGUCUGUUUUCGGCGGGCGUGGUGAAAGUUUUGUGCUGCACUGCCACCCUCGCGUGGGGCGUCAACCUGCCGGCGCACACCGUAGUGAUCAAGGGCACGACACUGUACGAUCCGUCGAAAGGUGGGUUCAGGGACCUGGGCGUCCUCGACGUUCAGCAGAUCUUCGGUCGCGCUGGCAGGCCUGGGUUUGAUACAAGCGGCGAGGGCGUCAUCAUCACCGAGCACAAAAAACUUGCGCAUUACCUCGCGCUUCUAACGCACUCGACGCCGAUCGAGUCGCAGUUUAUUUCGUGUCUGGCGGAUAAUCUCAACGCGGAACUCGUGUUGGGCACGGUUUGCAGCGUGAAAGAGGGCGCGCAGUGGCUGGGUUACUCGUAUUUACACACACGCAUGGAGAAGAACCCUCUGGCUUACGGGUUGACCUGGGAUGACGUGAAUCUGGACCCGGGCCUGGUUCGGCACAGGCGCAAGCUGGUGACGGAGGCUGCGAGGACACUGCACCGCGCGAAGAUGGUGCGGUUCGACGAGAAGAGCGGGUUCAUAUACCAGACGGAGGCUGGUCGCAUUGCGUCGCACUUUUACAUCAAGCAGGCUUCGAUGGAAUUGUUCGACGAGCACCUGCAGCGGCACAUGUCCAUGCCAGAGGUGUUUCACAUGGUGGCUCAGGCGACGGAGUUCGAGAACAUCGCGCCCAGGGAGGACGAGAUGCCGGAGCUCGAGGCACUCAGGCGAAACAGGAAGGGGGCGUGCCCGCUGGAGAUCAAGGCGACGCUUGCGGACAGGGCGGGCAAGGUGAAUCUGCUGAUGCAGGUGUACAUCUCGAGGGCCCGAAUGGAGGCGUUCUCGCUCGUCGCGGACAGCUCCUACAUCUCCCAGAACGCGUCGCGAAUUUGCCGCGCGCUAUUCGAGCUGUGCCUUCGCCGGGGCUGGCCAUCCUUAGCCGAAGAGCUGCUGACGCUGUCCAAGGCUGUGGACCUUCGAAUCUGGCCGCACCAACACGCACUGAGACAGUUUGAGCAGACGCUCUCGCCAGAGACGCUCUAUAAGCUCGAGGAGAGGCAGGCGACGGUGGAGCGACUGUUCGACAUGAGCGCGCAGGAGAUUGGUAGCAUGCUCAGGCUCAACACGGCCGUCGGCCAGAAGGUCCGGGGAUGCCUGGAGUCCCUGCCACACCUCACGAUGGAGGCAACGGUUCAGCCGAUCACUCGCAGCGUUCUGCGGGUCACUGUCGCGCUCACCCCCGAGUUCAAAUGGAGGGACGCAGUGCACGGGGGGCUUCAACGUUGGCUCGUGUGGGUUGAGGAUCCCGUCAACGAGCACAUAUACCACAACGAGACGUUCAUGCUCAGCAAGAAGCUACACGGCGAGGGGAAGCAACACCUGGCGUUCACCAUCCCGAUCUUUGAGCCGGUUCCCCCACAGUAUUUCCUUCGCGCGACUUCGGAGUCCUGGCUUGGGUGCGAGACGUUUCUGGAGCUGAACUUCAAUGAACUGGUGUUACCCGAUAGGGGACCCGCGCACACGGAGCUGCUUGACCUGCCCCCAGUGCCCAGGCAGGCGCUGUAUCCACCCGAGAACCCAGAGCUCGGCAGAAAGGAAUUCUUUGACCUCUACGAGGGCAAGUUCGAGUUUUUCAACAAGGUACAGACGCAGGCGUUCAACACACUGUUCCAUUCCGAAUCUAACGUGCUGCUCGGCGCGCCCACGGGUUCCGGUAAGACGAUCAGCGCGGAGCUCGCGAUGAUGGCGGCGUUCAGGGACCACCCAGGAGGUAAGAUUAUCUACAUAGCACCGCUCAAGGCGCUAGUCAGGGAGCGUAUCGAGGACUGGAAAGGGAAGCUGUGCAAGGUUCUCAACAAAAAGCUCGUGGAGCUGACGGGCGACUACACGCCGGACAUACGCGCGCUUCAGGGCGCAGACAUCAUCGUGUGCACCCCGGAGAAGUGGGACGGCAUCUCGCGUCAGUGGCAGGCCAGGUCGUACGUCACCAAGGUUUCGUUGGUGGUGAUUGAUGAGAUCCACCUGCUCGGCGCCGACCGCGGGCCGAUCCUCGAGGUGAUCGUGAGCCGCAUGAGAUUCAUAUCCACCCGCACCGAGCGACCGGUACGAAUCGUCGGCCUUUCCACGGCGCUGGCCAACGCGAACGAUCUCGCAGACUGGCUCGGCAUUGAGAAGCAGGAGGGACCAAAGAGCGGCCUCUUCAACUUCAAGCCGUCGGUGCGACCGGUGCCGCUGGAGUGUCACAUACAGGGUUACCCCGGAAAGUUCUACUGCCCGCGGAUGAUGACUAUGAACAAGCCAACGUACGCCGCGAUCCGCACGCACUCUCCGGAGAAACCCGCCCUCGUGUUCGUGUCGUCCAGGCGGCAAACCAGGCUGACCGCCAUUGACCUUAUAGCGUAUGCCGCCGCGGAUGAGCGACCAGACACCUUCGUGCACAUGGACCCAUACGAGAUGGAGAUGCACUUGGCGAAGGUAAAAUCACCCGAGCUGCGGCAUACGCUUCAGUUCGGCGUCGGGCUGCAUCACGCGGGCCUGGCCCCCGAGGACAGAGCACUCUGCGAGGAGCUCUUCCUCAAGUGCAAGAUCCAGGUGCUCGUUUGCACGUCGACUCUUGCGUGGGGGGUGAACCUGCCUGCGCACCUCGUCGUGAUCAAGGGUACCGAGUUUUACGACGGCAAGACCCGCCGAUACGUGGACUUUCCAAUCACAGACGUGCUUCAGAUGAUGGGCCGCGCCGGCAGGCCCCAGUUCGACACCAGCGCCGUCGCAGUGAUCAUGGUGCAUGAGCCAAAGAAAGCGUUUUACAAGAAGUUCUUGUACGAGCCCUUUCCCGUGGAAUCAUCCCUCGCAGAUCAGCUCCCGGACCACUUCAACGCCGAGGUGGUCGCGGGCACUAUUCGCUCCAAGCAAGACGCGGUGGACUACCUGACGUGGACCUAUUUUUUCCGCAGGCUCGUCAAGAACCCGUCCUAUUACGACUUGGAGAGCGUGGAGCACGACGCUCUGAACGCGUUUUUAUCGCGGCUGGUGGAGAACGCGCUCGCGCAACUGGAGGAUGCGCAGUGUCUCACGAUCGGCGAGGACGACAGCCUGGAGCCCGCGACGAUGGGGCGCAUCGCGAGCUUUUACUACCUUCAGCACCCCUCCGUCGCGCUGUUCGCAUCCAGUCUGGGCCCGGAUACCUCCCUGGAGCAGCUUCUGGGCAUCCUCUGCGGCGUGGCAGAGUACGACGAGCUCCCCGUGCGUCACAACGAGGACAAGGUGAACGCCGAGCUGGCUCGGCAGGUUGAGGACGCGGGCGGGUUCAAGGUGGACGCUCGGCUUGCGGACGAUCCCCACACAAAGGCUAAUUUGCUGUUCCAGGCGCACUUCCUUCGGUUGCAGCUGCCGAUGAGCGACUACGUCACCGACGCAAAGGGUGUGCUGGAUCAGGCGGUGAGGAUCCUUCAGGCGAUAAUCGACGUGUGCGCCGAGUCCGGCUGGCUCGCGACGUGCCUGCACGCGAUGAAUUUGAUGCAGAUGGUCAUGCAGGGACGGUUCAUAACCGAUCCCAGCUGUAUGUCGGUGCCUGGCGUGGACGAACAAAAAGCCGCGUCGCUGUCUGGGUCGGGAUACGAAGCCCUGCCGCAGCUCGUGGACGCGUGCGUCAACAAGGAGGCCGCCGCGAGGAAGGCGCUCACAAACGCUGGUUUGAAGCAGAGGCAGGUGGACGAGGCUGUGAAUCACUGCCAACGAAUGCCUCUCAUCGACAUCGACGUGAAGCUGUCCAAAGACGGUACCGAGGUUGAGGUCAAUCUGCGCCGCACGUCAAAGUCUGCGGGCGGGGGAGGCAAAGGAGGCGGCCGGGGUUCCGCGCCCCGAGCGAUACUGCCGAGGUACCCCAAGGUCAAGGAGGAGGGGUGGUGGCUGAUCCUCGGCGACAGGAACAACCGCGAGCUCCUCUCGCUCAAGCGCGUCGGGUUUGGGCAGAGCGCGAGGGCCAAGCUGGCGGUGGACCGGUCCGCAAACGCCGUCUUCGAACCGGACCUUCACGUGUACCUCAUCAGCGACUGCUACGUGGGACUCGACCAGGAGGUGGAGGUUGCGAGGGGUGCCGGGGCGGUGGGUGCGGAGGAUGCGGGGGAUACGGGGGAUACGGAUGACGAGCAAGGGUUCUGGCUCUCACCGGAGCAAGUCGCGGCGAGACUCGCGGCGAGGGCGACGGAGAGGGCGACGGAGGAUACCGAUUCGGACGAGGACUUUUGGGAGAUGCCCGCCGCCGCCGCGCCGGCGGGGGAGAGAUACUCGGCGGUUAUGGCGGCGAAGAUGCCCGUGGAGGAGGACCCGUUCUUCUGGGAGAACGAGCGCGAGUAUCUGGACGCAAAGUAG